GACUGAAACAAAAGAUGUGGACCGCGGAUGAUGUUGUGUGCAGGAGAAACAUUCGUAAAAAAUCUUGAUACUUCACGGCUUUAUCUGCGGAUAAUAUUUAGGUAGUUUUAUUUAUUAUUGUAAAAUAAAAUGGAAAAAGGGACAAUGAAUUUGGAAUGUUUCUUGUCCGUGAAAUAUGCACAACUUAACGAGCGUCAGGUUUACCGUUAAUAUCUGUCACUUAAAAAAGGUAGCUACCACGAACGUCUGGACGAAGCCUUCCAGCAACACUUCUCAUCACAAACAGCCAUAAAAGAGGGAGAAUGGCGAUAAAACAGCGAGCCUCGUCCUUCUGCCUGUGAACGUGUCCAACAAUUGUCUCCUCUGUGUCGAUUUUUUCAUCAAGAAGAAAUGAAUUUUUUGCGAAAUCGUCUUGUUGUCCUGGGCCUGGUGCUGUUGGCCACAAUACUAUUGUACCUGCUGCUGCCGUCCAUCCGCCAGGGCAGCAUGGAGCCGUCUCUUGACGCUCAAAGAAUGGGGCUGAUGUCCACUUCACCUCCACCCAUUUCCACCGUCAACGUAUCUAUUCGCACUGGACAGCUACCUGGAGACCCCCCACUGUUCUUCAGAGAAGCCUUACCAAUUGAUGGAGCCGGACGACAGAUAUUGCCGAGACUGCAAGUGGUCCUUCUUCAUGGCCAGGCCUUCACAUCCAAAACCUGGGAAGAACUUGGCACGAUGGCCCUACUGGCAACUAAUGGAUAUCAGGCAUUAGCAAUGGAUCUGCCAGGGUAUGGAAAAUCACCAGAUUCAGAGGCUUUGAAGACUGACCAGAAUCGUGUAGACCUCCUUUCAAGGUUUAUGGAGUCCUUGGGCGUCAGAGCAGCUGUGCUUCUGAGCCCCUCCAUGAGUGGACACUACUCCAUUCCCUUCCUUGUUAAGAACAAUGCUCAGCUGCAUGGCUUCGUUCCUAUAGCACCAGUUGGUACCCGAAGUUACACUGCACAGCAGUACCAAAAUAUUGAGACCCCCACUCUGAUUGUCUUUGGAGCCCUGGACACAAACCUAGGUGCACAGUCCCACAAGAACCUCAUUCAACUUCCAAAUCACUUUGUCCUAAAGUUAGAAGGAGCCCGCCACGCCUGCUACAUGGACAAACCCAGAGAAUUUCACCAAGGAUUGAUUGAAUUCCUUAGCAAACUGAAGUGAGAUCAAUCUCAACGACAUUGGAAAUGAGGGAAACCUCAAUGUCUUUUUGAGAAUAAAUAAAGGUUUUGAAUUUAAUUGAGAUGUAUAGCUGAGAAGAGAAGGUUACAAAAUAAAGAAGCAAAAAAAAAGUUGGUUUAACACAUGUACCAAGUGUGGAUCUAUCUACAGCACUAAAUUUCAGUGUUAUUGUUAUCACUUGAAGCAAAGAACAUCAGCAUCGGGGCAGGUUUGUAAUACAUGGAAAAUGGCAUGUCAAUUCUUGUUGUGACAGUUAAUAAUACCGUUUUCUGAUGUUUUAUUAUUAAAGUGUUUUAUUUAAGUUACCCAUACUGUCUCCAAAAAUAAUGACACUAGUCCAGCUUAGCUUGUUUGAAAAGUAGCUUAAAACGUGUGUAGUGUGGAGUUUUGUUUCAUGUGUUUCAUGUCUGUCUUUGCAUGUAAAAACAUGGAAUGUGUCUGCUUCACUGUUGCUAUUUUUGUAGGUGACAUGUAGGUCACUGUAAAUAUGCAAAUGUAACAUGUGUCUGUGUUUGAAUAGCUUCUGUUUGUUUCCCAUCGGAAAAAAAAUAAUUUUAUAUUAAGAUCUAUUUAACAUUCUAGAUCGAAAGAAAAUUAAUGCUUUACUAAACAAGAGCAAGCAGAACUGAAAAGUGUACAUCAACCAUGUCAAAUGAUUUGAAAAAAAACUCAUGUAUGUAUAUAAUGGAGGCAAAGUGAUGUAAUAUAUUUGCAAUAAGUUUGGACAAUCAUGCAAAGAACAAACUUAAAAUAAGAUAUAU